AACCAAUUGUCAGCAGCAACAACAGAGGCAACAGGAGCAACCAUAAGUGCAGCACUAGCAGCAGCAACUUGCAACCACUUUGCGGCAACAACAACGCGAAAUGCAGCAGCAGCAACAACCGUCCAUCGACCAGCUGCCCGAGCCCACAGCCUCGACCAGCAAUUCGGCAACAACUAAGCCGACAAUUGCAGCAGCAACCACAUCGACAACGACAACGUCUGGCAACAACUUCCACCAGCAACUACAAGCAACAACGGCAGCCACCAUGCAACGCCUGCGAACAACCUUCACGCGAUCCCGCACUCCCACAGGUGCGGAAAUGAAGAUGCAGAAUAGUCUGGAGGUGCCCAAGCAGGUGCGCUCAGCCUCCUUCGACGAGAUGCAACUGGAGUCGCAGCGUGCCUCCUCCAGUCUGCUCAAGCAGCAGUCCUCAUCAUCGGCCUCGGCGGACGAACGCUCCUCGGAGGCUGGCUUCCUGCAGGUUCCAUUGGCGGCCCAUCAGCAAAGAUCCCAUAGCUUCGACUCGGCAACUGCGUCGGCGGGCAGCGAUGACUCGGGCACCUUUUUGGAGGUGCCCAGACGUCUGAAGGCUCGGCGCAGUUCGUCCACCAAGACUCCGCCGCCUUGCAUCCAUUGUCACUAUCUGGAGGAGUAUGAGCGUCGUAUGACCGCCGAGCAGCGUUACUUUAUCGAUCAUCGCGAGCUAACAGCUUUGAGCUACAGCAAUACCAGUUCGGAGGCGAGCGAGGAUGAGGAUGAAGUGGAGGGCCAUAACGCGGAGGAAGAGGAGGAGGGCAGUGCGGCCAUCGAGGAUGCUGAGGAGGAGACAACUGAGGCGGCUACCGAGGAGGCGGAUGAAGAUCCCCGCACCGAGGUUGAGUCCGAGCACGAUCACGAUCCGGAUGACGAUGCCGCAUUAGAGAUGGACAUCCGCAUUGGCAACAUGAGCCAAGGCAGCAGCAUCGAGGAGUCGCGCGCCCGCCUGCCGCGACAAAUGCGGCGCCACACCAUCGGUAGCAGCUCGGUCACCUCGGCCUCCGAGGAUGAGGGCUUGGAGGGCUCAGACAAUGGUUCGCCGCAUUUCGGCAACACCUUGUUGCCACCACAGCCGACAACACCUUGUGGCAUAACCUUCACGCUAAGUCCCACCAAUGGGGAUUAUCCUUCGCCGCCGCAUCUCCCCUUGGAUCCCGGCUCGCCGCCCAUUUCGCCCUGCUCCUCCAAUUCGGGAAGAUUGCCAGCUCUGGCACCGACCAUUUCCACGCCCUGUUCCUCGGCGGAUGCCGAUGAUGCUGGUGCAGCUAUGGGCUUGCCCGUCCGAGCAAGACGUCGCUCGAUUUCGCGACAGGAGGCGAUAUUCGUGGAGCCCACUGGAAACUCACUGGAGAACGUUUCGCACGAGGAGGUGGACAAUAGCAACACCAAGUCAUCGGUGGACACGGCUGAUUCACUGGACGAGGCCUCGACAAUGGCCACGUGUGGCUCACCCGGAGCCGCCGGUGGCAGUGGUGCCUCCUCCAGUCAUCAUAACGCCUUUGUGGUGCGGGAUAUUUACCUAAUGGUACCGGAUUUGAAGCGAGAUCGCGCCGCCUCCGUGGAUUCGUGCUUCUCCAAGCUCUCGUCGAAUGCCAAAACGGAGGAGCUGCAACCAAGUGCCGAUGGUUGCUUCCUUACCGUGCCGAAUAUAAAUGCAACUCGAUCGCGAUCCGUGGACAUCGUGCUACCAACUGACGAGCAAGCCAGAUACAAGGCUUUGUCCAUGACCGGAUCCACUGUCACCUACGCAGACGGGCGUACCGCUUCGGCCAGCAACUCCCGCAGACCGAUACGGAUUGUGCCCGAUUGGACGGAGAAUGCCGUGCAGGGCGAGCACUACUGGAAGCCCACCUCCGCCUCCGGCGAUCUCUGCUGCCUGAAUGAGGAGUGCAUUAAAAGCGGCCAACGGAUGAAGUGCUCCGCCUGCCAACUGGUUGCCCACCACAACUGCAUUCCGUUCGUCAACGAGAAGAGCACCCUGGCCUGCAAGCCCACCUAUCGGGAUGUGGGCAUCCGGCAGUACCGGGAGCAGACCACCACCCACCACCACUGGGUGCAUCGCAAGCUGGAGAAGGGCAAGUGCAAGCAGUGCGGCAAGUUCUUUCCUAUGAAGCAGGCGGUGCAAAGCAAGCUAUUCGGGUCGAAGGAGAUUGUGGCGUUGGCCUGUGCGUGGUGCCACGAGAUCUACCACAACAAGGAGGCCUGUUUUAACCAGGCCAAAAUCGGCGAGGAAUGUCGUCUGGGCAACUAUGCGCCCAUCAUUGUGCCGCCAUCGUGGAUUGUGAAGCUGCCAACCAAGGGCAACUUCAAGUCCUCGAUACGCGUGAGCAACAAGAACAAUGCCGCAUCGGGAUCAGGAGGUGGCGGUGCUGGUGGCGGUGCCGGAGGCGGUGGUGGUGGUGGGGGCAAGAGCAAGAAGCAGACGCAGCGGCGACAGAAGGGCAAGGAGGAGAAGAAGGAGCCGCGAGCGUUCAUUGUGAAGCCCAUUCCAUCGCCGGAGGUAAUCCCGGUCAUUGUGUUUAUUAAUCCCAAAUCGGGCGGCAAUCAGGGCCACAAGCUGCUGGGAAAGUUCCAGCAUCUGCUCAAUCCGCGCCAGGUUUUCGAUCUUACGCAAGGCGGGCCCAAAAUGGGCCUGGACAUGUUCCGCAAGGCGCCCAAUCUGCGGGUGCUGGCUUGCGGUGGCGACGGCACCGUCGGCUGGGUCCUUUCCGUCCUGGAUCAAAUCCAACCGCCGCUCCAGCCAGCUCCGGCGGUCGGUGUCCUGCCGCUGGGCACUGGAAACGAUCUCGCUCGCGCUCUCGGAUGGGGAGGGUCUAUUUUCUUUCAGGGCUACACGGACGAACCGAUCGGGAAGAUACUGCGCGAGAUCGGGAUGUCCCAGUGCGUGCUAAUGGAUCGCUGGCGGGUGAAGGUCACGCCCAACGAUGACGUCACCGAUGACCAUGUCGAUCGCAGCAAGCCCAAUGUCCCAUUGAACGUCAUCAACAACUAUUUCUCCUUCGGCGUGGACGCGCACAUCGCCCUGGAAUUCCACGAGGCACGUGAGGCCCAUCCGGAGCGCUUCAAUUCGCGCCUGCGCAACAAGAUGUACUACGGCCAGAUGGGCGGCAAGGAUCUGAUCCUGCGCCAGUACCGCAACCUCUCCCAGUGGGUGACGCUCGAGUGCGAUGGACAGGAUUUUACCGGAAAACUGCGCGAUGCCGGCUGCCAUGCCGUGCUCUUCCUAAACAUUCCCAGCUAUGGCGGUGGCACCCAUCCAUGGAACGACUCCUUUGGCGCCUCCAAGCCAUCGAUUGAUGACGGACUGAUGGAGGUUGUUGGCCUGACCACCUACCAGCUGCCCAUGCUACAGGCUGGCAUGCAUGGCACCUGCAUUUGCCAGUGCCGCAAGGCCAGGAUCAUCACCAAGCGCACCAUUCCGAUGCAGGUGGAUGGAGAGGCAUGUCGCGUCAAGCCAUCGGUGAUCGAGAUCGAGCUGCUCAACAAGGCACUGAUGCUCUCCAAAAGGAAGCACGGACGCGGCGAUGUUCAAGUGAAUCCCCUGGAGAAGAUGCAGCUGCACAUCUUGCGCGUGACCAUGCAACAGUACGAGCAGUAUCACUAUGACAAGGAGAUGCUCCGCAAAUUGGCCAAUAAGCUGGGCCAAAUCGAAAUCGAAUCUCAGUGCGAUCUGGAGCAUGUGCGCAACAUGCUCAACACCAAGUUCGAGGAAUCCAUCUCCUAUCCAAAGGUCUCACAGGAUUGGUGCUUCAUCGACUCCUGCACCGCUGAGCACUACUUCCGGAUCGAUCGUGCCCAGGAGCACCUGCACUACAUCUGCGACAUUGCCAUCGAUGAGCUGUACAUCCUGGACCACGAGGCGGCCACCAUGCCGCAGACUCCGGACCAGGAGCGCUCCUUUGCAGCCUUCUCGCAGCGGCAGGCGCAGAACGAGCGGCGCCAAAUGGAUCAGGCCCAGGGCCGCGGCCCGGGCAGCACCGAUGAGGAUUUGCAAAUUGGCUCCAAGCCCAUAAAAGUGAUGAAGUGGAAGAGCAACAAAGAUCGUUUAUUCAGUUUCAACGAAGAUGUUUUUGGUUGUGGAUUCAGCCCUAUACUGGAGCAAACUUCCGAUGCCAUACUACUAGCAGCCCAGAGCGGCGAUCUCAAUAUGUUACGUGCACUACAUGAACAAGGAUACUCACUACAGUCAGUGAACAAGAACGGACAGACGGCGCUGCACUUCGCCUGCAAAUACAACCACAGGGACAUUGUCAAAUAUAUCAUAGCGAGCGCCACACGACGCCUCAUCAACAUGGCCGACAAGGAGCUUGGACAGACGGCGCUUCACAUUGCCGCCGAGCAGAAUCGCCGCGACAUCUGCGUGAUGCUGGUUGCCGCCGGCGCCCAUUUGGACACCCUUGACUCCGGCGGAAAUACGCCCAUGAUGGUGGCCUUCAACAAGAACGCCAACGAGAUAGCCACCUAUUUGGAAAGUAAGCAGGGGACGCAGCCCGUCGACGGCUGGCUGGACGACUAGACGAAUCAACCAUCACAAAUCGCCGCAGGUCCCCUCUCCAAGUAGAGCAAUCGCUAGACAAGCUUACUUAUUCAAACAUCAGACAUUUAAAUGAAAAAAGAAAAACCCGAUAGUCACAAUAUCACAAUAUCAGUAAAUCAGUAAUCCGAAAAACAAGAACGUAAUUUUAACAUUGCAAAUUUCUCCUUUCUAUGCCAAUCGAACAAAACAAAAAAACAAAAACCUACAAAAUGGAUAAUGUCUUGUAAAUAACUGAAACGAACAAAUAUCAAAUCAAAUCAACAUUCCACGAAACUCAAAUGCGAUGCCGCUUAGGUCAAGAGCGUUUUAUGCAUCUGGAGAAGCAGACCCGGAUCUAAGUGGAGCAUUCAGCGGAAGCAUUCACCAUACGAAAUAAUAUUAAUGCAUAAUGAUAAUGGCUUUUUUUUGCAACCUUUUUUUUUGUGUUAGCAUGUACGAGAGAAAUCUAAUUUAAACUAAGCAAGGAAAAUACACAUACACAGACAAACACUCAACACAUUUUUAGCGCGUAAGUGGGAGAGAUCAGAUGGUAUGGAAUUAAUUAAUUUAUUGUAAUGAAAAGCUAGCAAAACGAUAGGCAACAUUUGUCCGAAAUUUCAAUUUUAAUUAACUUUCGAUAGAACGAACAAAAAAAUACAUAGUAUAUACGUUUAAUGCAGCGAAUGCAAACGGAAAUUCGAAAUUCAUUUGUUUCUCUUACCGAUUGAUUAACGAUAAAUGAUUAUAUUGUGAUAUCUAAAUUAAUUAACGUAUUGGACUAGAGAGCGAGAACGAGAGCAAAUAGAAAUUGAUAUUAGCAAAGGGCAUUUGCUGUAAUACUAACUGAAGCAAAAAAGUUGAAAACGAAAAAAAGAAGCAAGCAAAAACACACACACAGAGAGACACACUAAGCAAAUAUAUAGUCUAUAUAUUAUAUAUAUAUAUUUAAUUAAAUGUACUUCUUUUGGAAUUCAAACUAGGCUAAGUGAAAACUUGAAUACUCUUGUCAAAUGAAAAAUGAUUGAAAACGGCAGAGCAGCAGCACGAUUAGAAGAGAGACGCACUAGACCCCAAGCGGCUAUGGCUCUCUCGCUCAGACAGAGGCACACACACACACAAACACGCAGACACACACACACACUCAGUCCCGAUGCACAGACUAGGAUGCACAACCCCCAUAGAUAUACCACCCACUUUACCUUCACCCCAAAGCAAAAACAAAACCCUCAGCGUUUCAAACCGAAAGACUUGGGCCGAUCAAUGGCGUCCACCCCCCAAAAACUAGGUAACCUGCCCCGGGAAAAAAAGAGAGAAAAAAAACCAAAAAAUAAUAGAUUUUAGGACGGGGUCAGGCAGCCACAAAGACUAUCUUAACUAUCCUAUAUACUACUACUACUAUAUUCCGAACUCCUUAACUUUAAACCCUCGUAACACAAAGCAACAAUGGAACAAUGAACACGAGCACUUGUGGCGUACGUAAUACGAAUCACACUUAAUAUAUGUAGACACAUGCAUAUUUUAUCAGCUAAAGAUUAAUGUAAAACCACAAUAUUAUAUAGCCUUUAAUCAAACCAUAUAUGUAUGCUAUGUACAGUAGAGGGAUAUUCUAUUUUUUCUAUUCAUUUAUAUUCGAUUUUUUUUUCUCAGAUUCCAAAUUUUGAAAAUAAUUAUAAUCAACAGUGUCGAGUCAAUUACGUUUACCGCGAUUCCCUUAAAACAUUUUUACGGCUUAGCUAAACUUAACGAUUGUAGCGAUAAAACGAAAACGAUGAAUGAUAAAUCUCACAAUCGAUUUAUAAGGCACCCAAGAGCGAUUAAGUAUCGAUCACCUUUACGAGGCUGGGCCGAAUGCAGCCCUGCGCCCCCGCCCGACCAAUCGCAAUCGCGGCUCAGUUCCUGGAAAACCAUGGCUCUGGCUUUCGGAUCUCCGUAGUCGGUUUGGAUCCAUCGGGAGCCAUCGGGGGCCAUCGCCAGCAUUCCACCCAUCCCGCCCCCAGAGCCACUUCCGGUCACGGAGGUGCGCCUCCGGCGUGGGUAAUCAUGUUUUGGAUUGCACACACGAGCAAAAAUUAGUGUUAACUACACAGCACACACCCCCACACCCACACACACACAUCCACAUCGUAGACUGUCGCAGCUGGUGUCGAAGUGUCGCAAACCACGAUUUUCGAUUCGGGCUUUGCGGGAUCUCGGGCAUGCUGCCUUUACGCCCCAUAAGACGUGCCACCCAUUGGGCAACCGGAAUCCAAAAUCGUAACACCAAUCCACACCGCCUGCGGCAACUAAUGAAUUCUUCAGCUGCGGUCAAAAUAUCAGGCGAUUGUUUAUUUCAAAAAUAAAGGAAAUUAUAUUGCAUUAUAACUAGCUUUGAAAAUUAUGAAAAGAUUUAUACGAAACUACAAACCUUAGUGCUAAUUUAACUUUGAACAUAUUAUUGUAUAUUGUAUAUCUUGUUUAAUUUCUUCAUUCAAGUUAAACAUUUUACUUGUUCGUUUAUUUACUUUUUACUUUUAUUAUUGAAAAUUGUAAUACUUUUUAAACACACGCCACAAUGGCGAUCGCAGCUGGAAAUCCAUAUGCAGUAGAGCAGAAUUGAGUAAGGAAUAUUUAGCAAUUGACAAUCUAGAGAUUUUAUAGCAAAUGAGCCGAGCAGAAGGCCGAUGAAGCGUUUGCUAUCCCCCCUAAAACCAUUCACUAUGAACCAAAACUUAAAAAAAAAACAAAACAAAACUCUGAGAAACCCGAUAAUCAAUAAGAAAUUCAAAGUAAAACCAAAACGAUUUGGUUAGUUUUCGCAAUUUGCUAUAUAGAAAAAAGCUUCAAAGUGAAAUUGUAGUUGAAGGAUUUAAGCGGGAAGGCGGAAUAAGUUAAGUGUCACCGAGGAGAGUGCUAUCUAUCGAUCUAGACGGACUAAAUGCUAAAUGGUGAGAGAUGAAGAAUUAGUAGAAAGUUAAUACCGACGAGGGCUAAAAUGCAGAAAAUGGCUAGCCAAGUGUCACAGCUGUUCGGAGAACAACCGGGUCCAAGCCAAAACUAUGGAUAUAUUUUCGUGCAUUUUGUAGAAGUUGAAUAUCCACAAGACACUGAAAAACACAAGGAUACACGCCACACACACACACACACAGAGAAACAGAGAAACAGGAUAACACUAAAUGGAAACACUUACUGCAUGAUGUGUACAUAGGAACAACAUAGAUGCUAUAUAUAUAUGCGAGUAUAUAUACACAUAUAUAUAGACAUACAUAUAUAGUAUAUAUUUUUUUCGAAUUGUUUAAGUGAAACUUUUGAACAAAAUAUGGAAAAAUGAAACGCAAGUCUUAUGAAAUCCUAGCAAGUAAGGCAAACCAAAAUUGUAAAGGUCAAGAUACAGAAAUGGAUGGAGGAACGAUAUACCUAAAACAAUGCCUAACUGUACGAUAGUAAGCAUACUGAAUAUAUAUAUAUUGAUAACGUAAUAAAGCGGAAUAUAUGUGUAAAAGUAAUCUAUUUAUUUACACCAACAACACCCCUGUAAAUACACAAAUUCAGUUUUCUACCGAUUCCCAAACUCCCGCGUUUCAUUUCGAUCCUCGCCCAAUCCGAAACUUUGAACAGACAACGACUUUGGAUUCUCCCUUCCACCUGGAUAUACACUAUAUAUAUACAUAUAUAUACAUUUAAUUAUUAACUUACGCAAGUCUGAAAGUAUUUCUAUCGAAGAGUUCUAAACUGCUUAACUGUAAAGUGUACAUACAUAUACCGAAUUACAACCACUCACAGAUCCUAUAAACUAUAUUUAUAGAUGUAAGAAAGUCCCACACACUAUUGAUAACCAUCCCCAUUACUGUAUGUAUAUGCCUAUUAAAUAUAUAUAUAUAUAUCUACUUUUUUUGAAUUAGUCACUAAGCAUAGACAACAUGAAUUACUAAGUACGAUAUGCACUGCAAGCACUGAGGAAUUUGAUUCAAUUUUACUUAAGACAAACGAAAAGAGAAAUUGAAAUAGCAUUUAGCAAACCUAACGGAAAAUCAAAAAAAAAAAAAAAACAAAAAAAAAACAGAAUUAAAUAAGAGAAUCUCCACUUUCUGGGAUAAUAAUUAAAAAUUUAAUAUUAAUUUUUCGAGCUACAUCGGAAGAGAAAUACCGACAAACAAAAAAAACUGUAUUCGCUUGAGGCAAUUGUGUGGGAAAGUCGAGAACGUUUAGCAUCUGGAUUGGCUAUGCAGCAUUCGUAUGUUAUAUACUUAGAUACCCGAACUCACAGAUACACACAACACACAAACACACACACACACAUACGAAUAUUAAAUAGAUGUACAAUAGUUAUAUAGACUCAUUCGCAUCGAUCCUUUAAGCCAUAGUCUAUCCUGUUAAGCUCUCAACCAAAAUUGUAAUUUUCGGAACCGCAAAAAAAAUGAACCCCAACGCUCAGCUACGAGUUUCUGUUUCUGUUUCCAAGUGCAACUUUCAAAGAAUUGUAAAAAAAAAUAAAAUAACACUUUACGCUAGCGAAUCCCAAAAAUAUUUGGACAAACGAUCGAAAUCAUCCACAAAAUUGCUUAUAAUAUGAAUUUUCUGACUCUCUCCUAAGGGAAAAUAAAAAUUUUUUUUGGUAUUUCAAACUCAAAAA